AUGGAGUCACGCUCAGACGUCGAGUCUCGUCGGGAGAAGCAGCCCACCGAAGCUGUUAACGACCUCCCGGAGCUCUCCCCUUCCACGUCGCUUGAGAGCAACAAGCCGCAACCCCCGAUGUACUGGAAGCUCAUCGCGGUCAUCAUGAUUUCGUGCAUCAGCUUCGGUUCAUCAUGGAGUUCCGGCAUUACCGGCGCGUUGAAGUCUACCCUCAAGAAGGAGCUUGACAUCAACAACAAGCAGUUCUCCCUUCUUGAGGCCAGUGAGGACUUCAUGGUCACCCUGCUCAUUCUCACGAGUGGUAUCGUCACCGACAGAAUUGGUGGAGCUGGCGCCAUGCUGUAUGGUAACAUCAUCUACUCCAUCGGCUCCAUCCUGGUCGCGGCCGCGGCUCAGACCCGUUCCUUCAAGUUCAUGAUUGGCGGACGUGUCAUCCUCGCACUCGGCGACAUCGCUACCCAAGUCGCCCAGUACAAGGUCUUCAGCUCCUGGUUUUCGCCCAACAACGGCUUUGCAUCGACUCUCGGACUGGAACUCGGAAUCAAGAAGAUUGGCGGCUUCGUCGGCAAGUCUUCAGCAAACGUGAUUGCUAAGAACACCGGCAACUUCGCUUGGGUCUUUUGGGUUGCCGUCUUCAUGAACAUCUUCACGAACGUGAUGACCGCCGGCUUCUACAAAUUCAACAGCGUCGCCCACAAGAAGUUCGGCAACAUGAAGGACCCUGCUACCGGCGAAAAGUUGACGGAGAAGUCGAAGAAAUUCCAGCCUAAGAAGGUCCUCGAGCUUCCUUGGGUUUUCUGGGCGAUCAUGGCCUUUUCUCUGUUCCAGACGAGUGCCGCGAUCGUCUUCACCCAGAACGCGACUGAGUUGGCCGAGAAGCGGUUCAAGACUGACGCCAUCACCGCCGGCUGGUACUCUGCUACCCUGCAGUACGCUGGCUUUUUCCUCGUCCCAUGCAUUGGUGCCUUCAUCGACUUGCUGGGCAACCGUAUCACCUUGCUCGCUAUUUGCGGAACUGGUGUUUUCCUGGCUAUGGCUCUUGUCAACUGGGCUUCCGAGAAGGCCGGAACCGCCGCUGCGUUCGGCAUCUACGCCAUCUCGUCUACCUUCGGUCCCACCCCUAUCAUUGACAGUAUUCGCACGUCCAUGUGGCACCAGUCCGUCUUUGGCUCAGCUUACGCCGUCAAGAUUGCCAUGAAUAAUGCCAUGAACAUCAUCGUCCGUAUCAUCACUGGCGCCAUUCAGGAUGCCGACAAUGACGGCUACGAACACGUCGUCAUUGUUUACGUUAUCCUGGCUGCUGCAUCAGUCUUGGUUGCCAUCGCGUUGAUUGGACUUUCAUGGUGGUCCGUUGAUCUGGGCAACCUGCAAUGGACGAGGAAGCAACGUAUCGCCAACGGCGACCUUUGGAAUGAGAGGAAGAGGGCAUUCCACGAGGAGAACGGGGCCCGCAACAAGUUGAUCUCCAAGGUCUGCUUCGGUGGAUUGGUUCUGUUGAUCCUAGGAGCGUGGGCAGCUUACUUCUGGGGUGUUGCAACUGGAAACAAUGACUAA